UUCACAUUGCACAGGAGAUAGAUCUACAUUUUCGCCGUUGUUUUCUGGUCGUGGAUCGCUUCGACCUCCAUUGCUGCUUGAUGACAGCAAAGACUGUGAGCUCAGCUACUUGCAGGAUAGGUAUGGCGGUUGCAUCCGGUGAUCACCCCUUGAAGUUCGACGUGCUGGCGAAAUGCCCUGUGACCAGGGCUCGAACAUCCUUGAUGCACUUGCCCCAUGCGACGGUGGAGACUCCCGUGUUCAUGCCUGUGGGCACACAGGGUGCGAUCAAAGGCGUCACACCUAGCCAGAUGAAAGCCAUGGACUGUCGCAUUCUGUUGGGAAAUACCUAUCACCUUGGACUGAGUCCAGGCACAGAGCUGCUUGACAAAGCUGGUGGACUUCAUAAAUUUAUGAGCUGGGAUCGAGCUCUUUUGACGGACAGUGGUGGAUUUCAGAUGGUAUCAUUGCUGGAACUAACUGAAAUAACAGAGGAAGGAGUCAACUUUUCUUCGCCGUAUGAUGGCAAGCGGAUGUUGCUGACGCCUGAGGAGUCUAUCAGAAUCCAGAACUGCAUAGGUGCUGACAUCAUGAUGCAGCUGGAUGACGUCGUCAGUAGCACCACGACCGGCCCGCGUGUCGAAGAGGCCAUGCAUCGAACACUGCGCUGGCUCGACAGAUGCAUAGCUGCUAACAAGAGACCAACGGAGCAAAAUCUGUUUCCCAUCGUUCAAGGCGGCUUAGAUGGUGACCUGCGGCGACGUUGUGCUGAAGAGAUCGUCAAGCGUGAUUGCGGCGGCUAUGCUAUCGGUGGCCUGAGUGGGGGAGAGCAGAAAGAGGACUUCUGGAGAAUGGUUCACGUCUCCACUGGUGUGUUGCCCGACAAUAAGCCGAGAUAUCUGAUGGGCGUAGGUCUGCCGCUGGACCUCGUCGUGUGUGUUGCUCUGGGCUGCGACAUGUUUGACUGUGUGAUGCCAUCGCGUACCGGCCGCUUUGGAAGCUUGAUGCUGGACAGCGGUCUGCUGCACAUCAAGAAAAGCCCGUACCAAGACGACCAUGGCCCGAUCGACAGCACUUGCUCGUGCUCGACGUGUGCCGACUACAGUCGCGCACACCUGCACCACCUCUUCCGCAACAAGGAGAAGGUCGCCUGCUGUCUUGCCACGGUACACAAUCUGCACUACGAGCUCAACCUGAUGCGGAGAAUACGAGAGAGCAUCAAGGCGGGAACGUUUCCGCAGUUCGCCCGCGACUACGUUGCUGGCGUGUUCCCGAAUAAGGACUACCCGGCAUGGUGCGUGGACGCGCUAUCUUCCGUGAAUAUUCACCUACAGACAUGAUACCGAGCUACUGAUGUUUUAAAAGUACCAGCAUGAGCGCAGCGUUGGUCAAGUCAAAUUUCGGCAGGGAAACAGCAUCAGUUGGUCUGUAUCAGUGAGGUGUGUCAUAUACCGGUAACAAGCAGACUUUGUGAACGUGCUGGUCUUGUUACAACCAUGAUGUUGACUUGUGCACAAGCGCCACCAUUGCAGUCCAGUCACCGCCAUUGUUGCCUGUGCAAUGCCGCUCCCAGGUUGUGCGGCGCAUGUAUCAAUGUGAGCUUGGCGGGGUCGCAGCAAAGCAAAGGAAGACCUGAACCGCCUUGUGGAUGGGUCCACCCGCCGGCAGAUGGCCUAGUGAUUUUCAACUAUCUGGCACGUACAUCUUGUAGACAUCCGUGCAGAUUUUUAUGGACCUCUUGGCCCAGCAAGGACUUCAUCAGCCGGAUACAAAUUAUUUUGUACCACCCCAAACUGGUAGCUAGCUAGUGCUCUGCCUCCACAUCAAGCAUGCACAUGCAUGCUGUUACCACAGCCUGUGGUCAUAUCGACUUCAACACCAUGGCUCAGAACAGAGAUGUGCUGUCAUGGUUCCAUUGGGAAUCCCCCCCCCCCUGUUAGUAUUUAUUCCCUGCUAUGAUCCCGCCCCUUGUUGAGGCUGAACUGCAUUGCAUGUGUCAACCAGAGAUUACUCGUACUUGAUCUAGAAGAAAAAAACUAGUUUAGUACUAACUGCCCUCGGUGCUCUGGACAAUUGUGCGUGUAGCCUCGCAGUCUCAUUUCAGAGGAGAGCCUCUGGAUAGGCUCCCACAUGUACAGCCUUUGAAUCAAUCAAUUAUUUUGAACCCUUUUUUAUAAAUUUUGUUUCUUGUUCGACGUUCUGGAAUGAUUUAAUUCUGUCAUAAACAGUUUAUGUAUUUUAAAUAUAGUAUUAGAUCUACUGAUUGACUUUGGAAAGUUUGGGUGAGCUGGUCAUGGCACAACAAACUACCGUAUUUCCGCAAAUAAAAGACCG